CCUUACAAGCUAUUUCUUGGCAACUUGAGGGAAUUUCUCGUCAUGCAAGAUCAAGCCAAGUCCAAGCCAAUGGAGUUCUUCUCACAUGAUAUCGUGAACCGUGUCAUGCCUUUCUUUCAUGAAUGCGUUCAUAAGUAUGAGAGAAAUUGUAAUCUAGUUCAGAAACUUCAUCGCUCACCCAGGUGCAUAAAACUAUGUGACUCCUCUCUUUUCAGAGAGACCUGCCUUGGCUUAUGCGAGGAUGGGAGUCCGGGGGGUUCGAGCCUCUGAUCUCCUGCCAAGCAGCCUUGGCCGACCACAUGCCCUUAACUACAGCUUUUUGUUAUGCUAACAGCACAAAUAUGAUGUCCUUGUUUGAUAUAUUUUAACUAGUGGCAGAGUCGCACUGCCCACAUGGGCCGGCAGGUUUUAAAUGAAGAGUGGACCUGAGUUCUGGGUCCAGUCAUUGGAGCUGCCACCGCCAGACCCAGGUAAAAUAUCUUUCCACUGGUUUGGGAAAACUCCUCAGGUCAUCCUUAUGGAUCCAGAAAUGGUCAAAGAAGUUCUUCUGAACAAAUUUGGUCACUUUCACAAGCCGCCUCAACCAAAUGCAUUGAAAAUCCUAGCGAUGGGCCUGCUCGGCUUGGACGGCGAAGAAUGGGUGCAAAGAAGAAGGCUUGUUCACUCCGCUUUCCAUAUGGAGAAGUUGAAGGGAAUGCUGCCAUCAUUCUCUUUCAGCUGUCAAGAGUUAAUCCAAAGAUGGGAAAAAUCAAUUGGGCCUCAAGGAUCUUGUAAGCUGAAUGUAUCUGAGGAGUUUCAGAAACUUACUGCAGAUGUCAUUUCUAGAACAGCCUUUGGAAGUAGCUAUGAAGAAGGGAAGUACAUGUUUCAGCUGCAGAAUGAAGCAGAUGACUUGCUCUUGCAAAGCUUUCGAACACUUUUCAUCCCAGGAUUCAGAUUCUUACCUACAAAGAAGAAUCUCAGAAGAAGGGAGUUGAACAAGAAGAUUAUUUCCACACUUAAUAGCAUAAUUGACAAAAGAGAGAAAGAGAUGAUGUUGGGAAUUGCUAAAAAUGACGAUCUGUUGGGCUUAUUGUUAGAAUCAAAUAAAAACCAUGACCAGCAUGGUGGUAAGGGAAUGACAAGAGAUGAAGUCAUAGAAGAAUGCAGACUUUUUUACUUUGCAGGUCAGGAGACAACAUCAGUACUGCUAACAUGGACGAUGAUUCUACUUUCUAUGCAUCCUUCGUGGCAGGCUCGUGCAAGGGAUGAGGUUCUUCAAGUAUGCGGCAAAAGCACUCCUUCUUUCGAUGGCUUAAUCCACCUAAAGACUGUGACUAUGAUUCUGUAUGAAGCUCUAAGACUAUACCCUCCAGCGGUGUUCAUAGCCAGGUAUACAUACAAGUCAAUCCAAGUAGGAAGUCUCACCCUUCCGCCAGGAGUGCGCUUGGUGUUACCAAUACUCCAGAUUCAUCAUGAUCAGCAGGUUUGGGGUGAUGAUGCAGAUGAAUUCAAACCAGAGAGAUUCUCAUCAGGAGUUUCAAAUGCAUCAACGCAUCAGCUGGCAUUCUUUCCAUUUGGUUCAGGUCCCCGUAUCUGCCUUGGUCAGUCAUUUGCACUAAUCGAGGCGAGGAUGGCACUAGCCAUGAUUCUGCAGCAUUUCUCCUUCGAGCUCUCACCAUCCUAUAUUCACGCUCCACAUACUGUUGUAACUCUGCAACCCCAAUAUGGAGCUCCAAUCAUCUUCCACCGUGUUUGAGCAAGCUGCCAAUCACCUGCAUCAGCUUCGUUGAUAUAGUAUACUAAAGAUGGCUCGUGUGUAUCUCUAUGCAUGCACGUUCUCUCUCUCUCUCUCUCUCACGCGCACACACUCACACACUCCUGCAAGCAUGCUAGUUUGUAGUCUAUGGGAGCAGAACUAUUCCUAUGUUUUCAUUACAGAAACUGUCAAGUUUUGUAAGGUCAUUUGCUUGUGAGUAAUAACCAAAAACUCUGUUAGGAUGUAAAAUCUUCCGGGAAUGUAUGCAUGACUUCAGUACCAUGAUCAGAAUCAACAAGCCUGUCAGUUUUUAAAGUGAAGAAAUGCAAGAUGGAAGACAUAACUAAAACUCAGAAAGCAGUUUAUAUUGAAGAUCAAGUUACAAACCAUUAUAGAGGUCUCCUAUAAGAUCUCCGAUAAGUAAAUUCAGAAAAAUGUCCAAAAUCAAGCAAAUUCAGUUGCAAAUCCAGGGAAACAGAAUCAGAUAGCAGUUGGUUGCUCAAUCACUCAGUACUAACCAAG